UAUUUCCACUGAAGAAGAUAACGAGAUAAACCCACUUCCUCUUCCACCUCGCUCGCUCCCGUUCUUCCGCUGCUUCAAAAGCCUCUCUCUUCUUCAUCAUCCAUUUCCACUAUUCAAUCAAAGCAAUGGCUUUAUCCUCUUCCCUUUUCUCACCACCCCAUCUUCUUUCCAAUCACACUACAAAAUCCAUUUCAACCGCUUCCAGAUUCUCUAUUCACCUUCUGAAAUCUUCCCAUUCACAACCCUUUGUCAAAUCUACGCCUUCUCUGGCAGUUCCAACACCCAGACACUUCCAGAGACCCUUUGCUGUUGCAGAAGAUACUGCAGUCACUUCUUCACCUGACCCGAAAUCCGAGGCCGCGAGGAAGCUCUACAUUGGGAACAUUCCUCGCGAUAUCGAUAACAGUGAGCUUACCCGGAUUGUUGAAGAGCAUGGCGCUGUUGAGAGAGCGGAGGUUAUGUAUGACAAGUACUCUGGAAGGAGUCGUCGCUUUGCAUUUGUUACAAUGAAGACAGUUGAGGAUGCAAAUUCAGUAAUCGAGAAACUAAAUGGCACUGAAAUCGGAGGGCGUGAAGUCAAAGUAAAUAUAACAGAAAAACCUUUGCCAACAGUUGAUCUAUCCAUUCUCCAGGCAGAGGAUUCUGAAUUCGUUGACAGUCCCCACAAAGUAUAUGUAGGAAAUCUUGCAAAGACAGUAACAACAGAUGUACUAAAAGACUUCUUCUCUUCAAAUGGAAAUGUUCUUAGUGCCAAGGUUUCACGUGUUCCUGGGACCUCAAAAUCUACUGGUUUUGGCUUUGUCUCAUUUUCUUCAGCUGAGGAUGUAGACGCUGCAAUCUCAUCUUUCAACAAUUCUUUGUUAGAAGGACAACGAAUUCGCGUGAACAAGGCAUAAACAGCCAAAGGCAAUACUUUGGAAGAAUUGUUGAGCUCAUAUCCUCUAGUUGGAACCAGUACAGACUUUGCAUGAGACAGAAGCCAUAACUUAGUUAUCUUAUUUCUUGUCUAGCUUAAGCCCCAUCUUUUUCAGGUGACAAGUUUCUCCCAGAAAAAAAAAAAAAAGCAUGAAUAGGAGAGUUGAAUGCUUUGUUGGAAGAAAUUGCGCAGAUAAAGUUUUUGGAACCCCACUAGUUACUUGUAAUUGUAUUGCUUCUUGGUAUCUGUACUGUGUAAUAUGGCAGGUCUUGAUGAGUUAUGGAUGUAUUUAGUUCCUCUCUUUGGCUUGAACAUGACCCCUUGACUGACCUGGAUUUAACAAUCUGUCACAUUGUAUGAGCAUUUGAUGUGAUUUUUUUCA